AGAACACCCCACGUCCCCUCAAUGAUACAAUCUUUGUAAACAUAGCAUUGUAUACGGCAGUUAAACCCUAGCCCCCCUCCCCCUCUCUCGACAUUCUCUUCCUUCUUUUUCUCCUUCUCACCAGGUAACUUCUCUCUCAAUUCAAGCAACCGGGAUACCAGCUAUAUUACAGAUAUUAACAACGAUGAAAAGGCCUGCCUGUGCUGCUUGUAAGAACCAGCGUAGGAAAUGCGAUGAAGAUUGUUUUGUUGCUCCUUACUUUCCGGCUGAGAAAACAAGAGAUUUUGAGGCUGUCCAUAAACUUUUUGGGUUACAUAAUAUUGUCAACCUCCUCCAGAAUCUACCCCUUGAGAAAAGAUCUGACGCCGUUAUUUCUAUGGUUUAUGAAGCCAACGCUCGAGUUAGAGAUCCUGUUACUGGCUGUACUCGUAUCCUUUCAGAGUUAAUGCAGAGGCUUAACGCUCUCAAGGCGGAGCUUAACCUUGUUCAAAAUAAAAAUGCUUACUAUCGUACGCUAAAACAGCAGCAACCUGGACAGCAAAAUAUGGUCCAUAAUGCAGGUUUUGUGGACUUCCUUCGAGAAAACAAUAAUGUUAAAUUGCUCCCAUCUCCGAAUCAAGAUCUCAACUUCUUGCAUGAGAAUCUUGAGAACCCUCAACAACUUCAAGAAUCGAGUUCCGCUCAAAAUCAAAUUGCUUAUUAUCAUACCCUAAAACAGAAGCAACUUGGACAGCAAAAUAUGGUUCAUAAUGCAGGUUUUGUGGACUUCCUUCAAGAACACAAUAAUGCUAAUCUGCUCCCAUCUCCGAAUCAAGAUUUCACCUUCUUGCAUGAGAAUCUUGAGAACCCUCAACAACUUCAAGACUCCAGUUCCGCUCAAAAUCAAAUUGCUCACUAUCGUGCCCUAAAACAACACCAACCUGGACAGCAAAAUAUGGUUCAUAAUGCAGGUUUUGUGGACUUCCUUCAAGAAAACGAUAAUGUUAAAUUGCUCCCAUCUUCGAGUCAAGAUUUCAACUACAUGCAUGAGAAUCUUGAGAACCCUCAACAACUUCAAGAAUCCAGUUUCUGUUGCAAGAAGACUGAUUUCUGGAAUUGAUUUCAAAAUAAAGAGCAGAGAUGACUGUUGCACAUUUACCCUUGUUAAGUUCAGUGCAGCGUUUGAUUACAUAGGUUGAAACAACUCAAGUAAUGGCUUUCAAUGGUUGUUGGAUUCAUCAAUUUCACAGCCCUUUAAAGGUAAGGACAGGUUUAGUUUGCUGCUUAAAAGCUGAAAGAAUUGCUAGCCAUUUAAAAGAUCAUGGUGGACCUUCCCUGUGAAUAAAGCCACCUCCCACUUUUCCAUUUCUACUGGGAGCCACAUCAAGUCUGGAGUUUGGACCCCCGUUGCCAGCCCAUUGAUGCACGGAAAAUUUGGCUCCUCAUGAAUAAGCAUUCAAGCAAGUAGGUAAAAACCAUGUGAUUUCGUGGCCUUUUCUUUUUGUGUUCGUCUUGCAUUCAUGGUCAUAAGUUAAUAUCGUCUCAGGUUUUCUCACGUCAGCUCCUGGUUUUGUUGCGUUGUGUUACUGUUCACGACCCCUCAACAGCUCAUUCAAGCCUGUUUUUUCCUCUCAAAAUUAGAUAUCAAACCGAUUCUUUUGAGUAGUCCAUACGCGUCAAUAACAUUACUUUUUAACAUUUCAAAUUUGGACAAAAGUCUCAGUUCUUCAUACCAAUAUAUCGUCCAAGGAUGAUAGCAUCAGCAUCAACCAAAAUCCUGUUCCCCAGGACUACCAAGCAAACAGACAUGAACAUCUUUGAGUGACCAUGUCUUUAGAUUUUUCUACUGGAGGAUAUAUCACCCUUUGUUUUUUUUGCCUCGGGAACAACUCACCAUUCUGUGUCCCCCAACAACAAUCAGUACUGUCUGUGCCAAUAGUUUCAACCCUCAGGUGUUCAAAUGUCAAGCAGCUUCAAAGUAACCAAGAAUUACA